AUGGGCUCGAGCUUCCCUGCCCCGCUGCGGCUCACCCUGGCGCUGCUCUGGCAGCUGGGACUCUCGGCGGCGAUCCAGUGGCUAGGGCUGAUGGUGAAUGGCAGCAGGGUAGCCUGGAACGAGACUCAGCACUGUAAGAUCUUGGAUGGGCUAGUCCCAGACCAGUUGCAGCUGUGCCGAAGAAACCUGGAGCUCAUGCAUAGCAUUGUACAUGCAGCCAAAGAGACCAAGGGAGUCUGCCAGAAAACGUUCUCGGAUAUGAGGUGGAACUGCUCUUCCAUUGAGUAUGCACCCAGUUUCACCCCUGACCUCAUGAAAGGGACCAGGGAAUCUGCAUUUGUCUAUGCAUUGGCUGCUGCUGCUGUCAGCCAUUCCAUCGCUCGGGCCUGUGCCUCAGGGGAACUACCUAUCUGUUCCUGUGGAUCUGUCCCAUCUGAGGUGCCUGGGCCUGGCUUCAGGUGGGGUGGCUGUGGGGACAACCUCCGCUAUGGCCUCCAGAUGGGUUCUGCCUUUGCUGAUGGUCCCAUGAAGUCCAGUAAGGCAGGAGGACAAGCCACCAGGCUUAUGAAUCUACAUAACAAUGCAGUGGGCCGACAGGUAUUGAUUGACUCCUUGGAGACUAAGUGUAAAUGCCAUGGUGUUUCUGGCUCCUGCUCAGUUAAGACUUGUUGGAAGGGGCUGCAAGAUUUGAGUGAAAUAGCCAUUGACCUCAAAUCCAAGUACUUGGCAGCCAUCAAGGUGACCCACCGGCACAUGGGGACCAGAAAGCAGCUGGUGCCCAAAGAACUGGACAUCAGGCCAGUGAGAGAGGCUGAGCUGGUUUAUCUAGUCAGUUCUCCAGACUACUGCACAAAGAAUCCCAAACUGGGGUCUCUGGGGACUCAGGACAGGCAAUGCAACAAGACCUCUGUGGGCAGUGACAGCUGCAACCUGAUGUGCUGCGGGCGUGGCUACAAUGCUUACACUGAGAGUGUGGUGGAGAGGUGCCAGUGCAAGUACUAUUGGUGCUGCUAUGUGAUGUGCAAGAAGUGCCAGCGGACGGUGGAGAGAUACGUGUGCAAGUAA